CUUCAUGGGGGGCGGAGGGGGGGAUAGGAGGUGGAAAACAGUACGUUUUUUCGCUAUAUUGAAGCCGGGAAGCCAGUGGUACCCAAUUUCCGCACAAGAGGGUUAUGAUCACCCUUAUCAGGUGUAAAAUGAGAGCGGGGAACGGUUAAUGGGCGCGAUCAUAACAGUGAGCCAAGUUGCGUGUAUUAUUUAUUAUUUUAUUAAGUAUAAAUGUAAAAAUGCAACAACAGGUUAGAUGGGUUGCUUUUUAAUGGAUCGUUUAGUGAAAGGCAGUUGCUACCAGGGACUUGUGCGCGCACACGCGCAUUCCCGUUAGCGCGGGGAAAGGCGGUGGGGGGUGGUUGAGGGAGAGAGAGAGAGAGAGAGAGAGAGAGAGAGGCACAGCAUCUUUCCGGAGCGGGGAGCCAGGAGAGGAGCGAACCUUCACAGCGGAGCUUUGAAUGCGAUCGACGCGGGUUCCCGAUUCACACGCCGAUGGAGCCGCAAAAUGAGGCGAUGAUGGAUCUAUAGCCGGCAGCGAUCUGAUAUUUGCUUCAAGAGCCUCGGACGGCGAUAGCCCGACAAGACGGGAAAAGGGGAAAGAUUAAGAGCUGGAGGAGACCGAUCGGACGACAUAAAAUCCGCAACUGACGCGCUAUUUUUGUGAAUUAAUUGAACUGAAAAGCAGAGGACGGUUCCCCGUUACAUGUAUUGACUUUAUUUUUAAUGCGCCGUACACACUUUCAUCUGCCGUCAUUUCAUUUCUCUCCUUGCUCCUGCAGCCUGUUGUAAAAUGUGGUGAGAUCACGGUCUUACGGCCGGGAUAGAGAGAGACGGGUGUUGUCGGAAAAAAGGGGGGAAGGAAAGAGGUCCUAGUGAAUAAGCUCUUUAAAAAAGGGUCGCGGGAAGAACAUGAUUUGAUGUGAAUGCAUAAGACGCGUUUGCACAGAGUACUGCUUUUUACGACGGAAGGGGAUGGUGUAGAAACGGGCACAGUCCUGAAAAGCGGCGAAAGCAAAGGAUAUCUUUGAAAAAAAUCUCAAAAGCAGUGCAAGCCUUGGUGGAAACCAGUGACUUUACGGGUCAGGCGCAGACGGAGAUCGCGGCCCGAUGUGGACAGUGCAGGGGCAUGGAGCGUAACAGAGCGCCUGGCUGUCAGCGCUGAGGAGGACGACACGCACCUGCCACCUAUUUUGGCCUGACUAUCCCCUGUCCCUCCCCCCCACCUGCCCCUCCCCCCUCCGUUCCCCCUCUGUCCCUUGCCUUCUUCACUCCAUUUUGGCAGCUCCCCUCCUUUCACCAGCUUGCUGUUUUUUGGGAUCCAUUUUUCUUUUUCUUGACGUGCCAUUCGACUGCUCUCGCUAAAAGGAGGAGCCGGGCGAAGGGGAGCAGUAGAAAUGUCUCUCCUACUUCCAUCAGAGUGCAGGCGAGCCACAGGGAGUGCCUGGAGCCGCCGGUGCCAGCGUUCAAACCCCUGCCUGCUCUGGCUGCUGGGCCUGACAGUCCGGCUGGCCCUCAUCACGGCCCAGAAAGUGGACGCCCUUGGGAAGUACCCCAUGGUGACCACCAAUUACGGGAAACUGCGAGGCAUCAAGAAGGACCUUAACAAUGAGAUUUUGGGCCCGGUGGAGCAGUACCUGGGGGUGCCGUACGCCACGCCCCCCAUCGGCGAUCGCCGUUUCCAGCCGCCUGAGGCGCCAGGCUCCUGGCAGGAUGUUCGCAACGCCACCCAGUUCGCCCCCGUCUGUCCACAGAAUAUCCAUGGUGUGCUGCCGGAGAUCAUGCUUCCCGUCUGGUUCACCGACAACCUGGACAUCGUGGCCGGGUACAUCCAGAACCAGAGCGAGGACUGUCUCUACCUGAAUAUCUACGUCCCCACAGAGGACGGUCCGCUCACAAAAAAACAUGAUGAGUCUUCGAUGAACAGGCCCAGGGAUGAAGACAUCCGAGACCGCAGGAAGAAGGCCGUCAUGUUGUUCAUCCACGGUGGAUCCUACAUGGAAGGCACCGGCAACAUGUUCGAUGCCAGCGUCCUGGCCGCCUAUGGCAACGUCAUCGUGGUCACCAUGAACUACCGGCUGGGUGUGCUAGGCUUCCUGAGCACAGGGGACCAGUCAGCAAAGGGUAACUACGGGCUCCUGGACCAAAUCCAGGCUCUACGCUGGCUAAAUGAGAACAUCGGGCACUUUGGGGGUGACCCAGAGAGGAUCACCAUCUUCGGCUCCGGGGCGGGGGCGUCCUGCGUCAACCUGCUCAUCCUGUCCCACCAUUCUGAAGGUGGACCCUCUCAUGGUCCUCCUCAUCUUCUCGGCCCCCCAGGACUGUUUCAGCGCGCCAUCGCCCAGAGUGGCUCUGCCAUCUCCAGUUGGUCGGUCAACUACCAGCCCCUGAAGUACACCAAGAUCCUGGCACGCAAGGUGGGCUGCAGCUUUGGAGAGACCGCCAACAUGGUUGAGUGCCUGCGCCGCAAGAACUUCCGCGAGCUGGUGGACCAGGACAUCCAGCCAGCCCGCUAUCACAUCGCAUUUGGGCCUGUAGUGGAUGGCGAUGUGGUGCCUGAUGACCCGGAGAUCCUCAUGCAGCAGGGGGAGUUCCUGAACUAUGACAUCCUGAUCGGGGUGAACCAGGGAGAGGGGCUUAAGUUUGUGGACGAUGGGGGUUCUGAGGGUGAGGAGGGUAUUUCUGCUGCCGCCUUCGAUUACACCAUCUCCAAUUUCGUGGACAACCUAUACGGAUAUCCAGAAGGUAAGGACAUCUUGAGGGAGACCAUCAAGUUCAUGUACACAGACUGGGCGGAUCGCGACAACGGCGAGAUGCGGCGCAAGACUCUGCUGGCGCUCUUUACCGACCACCAGUGGGUGGCGCCGGCGGUGGCCACGGCCAAGCUGCAUGCCGAGUUUCAGUCUCCUGUCUACUUUUACACCUUCUACCACCACUGCCAGACAGAGACGCGACCCGAGUGGGCAGACGCAGCCCAUGGGGAUGAGAUCCCCUACGUCUUUGGCGUCCCCAUGGUGGGUGCCACUGACCUCUUCCCCUGCAACUUCUCCAAGAACGACAUCAUGCUCAGCGCCGUGGUCAUGACCUACUGGACCAACUUUGCCAAGACAGGGGAUCCCAACCUGCCAGUGCCCCAGGACACCAAGUUCAUCCACACCAAGCCCAACCGCUUUGAGGAGGUCAUCUGGACCAAGUUUAACUCCAAGGACAAGCAGUACCUGCACAUCGGGCUGAAGCCGCGGGUUCGGGAUAACUAUCGGGCCAAUAAGGUGGCCUUCUGGUUGGAGCUGGUGCCUCACCUGCACAGCCUCCAUGACGUCUACGUCAGCUCCACCACUACGCGCCUGCCGCCGGGCACGCCCCGGGGGGGGGGCAAAGGCUCGGGGCCACGCACCACCCGCCACCCCAUCCCCACCUUUCCACCAGACCCUGACCCCGAUGGCUCGGAGAGGCCUCGCCACUCGCCUUUCCCCGACGACACGCGGGACUACUCCACGGAGCUGAGCGUGACGGUGGCCGUUGGUGCCUCCCUCCUCUUCCUCAAUAUCCUGGCCUUCGCUGCACUCUACUACAAGCGGGACAAGCGGCACGAGAUGCGGAGGCGCCUCUCUCCACAGCACGGGCCCGCCAAUGACCUGGCACACAGCCAGGAGGAGGAGAUCAUGUCCAUGCAGAUGAAGCACUCGGAGCAUGACCCCCACCAUGACUUGGAGCCACUACGACCCCACGAAAUCCUCCGGCCGGCCUGCCCGCCCGACUACACCCUGACGCUGCGCCGCGCCCCGGACGAUAUGCCGCUAAUGCCGCCCAACACCAUAACCAUGAUCUCCAGCACCGUUGCCGCCAUGCAGCCUCUUCACGCCUUUAACACUUACCCCGCCCCCGUGGGGCACAACAACACCCUGCCCCACCCUCACUCUACUACCCGCGUAUAGUGGAGUCUCACGGAGGACGACUCCCUCAGAGAGUCCGGGCGACGCCGCCUGCUGCAAACAUCUCCCCCUGCUGGUGCUCUGUGGAGACACGCAACAGAACUGCUGAUCUUUGCUUUUCUCUUCGAGGGGUCUUCUUCUCCCCCCACCCCUGCUCCCGUACACUGUCCCCCACCCCUUGUUUGUUUCCCAUGUUUUCCCCCCCACGUCUUUGGCAAGAUCUGGUUCCCUGGGGUCGGACAGCAGCCACUGUAGCCGUGCCUCAGCCAUGUUCUCACAAGGCGGGAAAGAAUUUCCAUGGUUUUCUUUCCAAUGAGAAUCACGCCCCAGCCGCCGACCUCCUCAUGGUCUCCCCCGCUCUUCUCCACCGCUUUGCUGUGCCUGCUUCUCCUUAUUUAAUCCCUCUAUCUUCUGUAUCGAGGUCAGCCCUUUCAUACCCCCACUGUUAUCGCUCUUUUAUCUCCCUCCCCUAGCCUUUCUUUCUCAGCACCUCUCCGUCUGUGGUUCCUUGGAAGGAGCGUGAGCACACGCACACCUACCCAAACACACGUGUGUGCAAGAGGUGACUUGGAAAGGCAAUAUUCCAAAACCCUCUUUCUACCAGCAUUCUUGGUGCCAAGACCUGUUGUUCUGAUCCAGAUGGGGCACUCAGAGAAAUGGAGGCUCUGUGUCCUGCCUGUGCGCGGGGGGAACGGUCGAAAGAAAAGUGCCAAACAUUCGCCUCCUUUUAUUUUUCUUUGUACUCUGUAUCGAUUGAUUGUUGCUGUUCUUUGUUGUGGAAAGAGUUUUGAAAAUAUAGAUUCAUAGAGAUAUAGAUUAUAUACAUAAUCUAUAUAAACGUAUAUAUAAAGAAAAUUUAUGAACGGUUCGCUCUGUGGGGAUCUAUGCAUGAGGUUUUCCGGAUUGGGCAAGCAGAGGCGGCACACCAGACAGGAAAGGUUAAAAAAUUCAAUUGCCAUUUUGCUUUUACAAUUUUGUUGUUCUUUGUAUUUUUUUAAAUUUCCGUCUUAUGCGCAUUCAUGCUUUCGAAGACCAAGCAUUCGGACCUUUGGCCUGUCCCUAAAGUCCCUCCCAUAGGUAUCAGUGAAAAGGGGCAUCUGUGGAAGCCAGUGGCAACUAAUAAAUGAAUUGAUAGUAAAUCGGCAACUCCAGCUGCUGCCCACUUCACACUGGACCAAGCAGGUCAUGCCUGCUCCUCUCUCAGAGACUGUUGAGCCUGGUCUCUAUCCAUCCAUAAGAGAUACCUGUCUCUGUAAGAGAUACCUGUUGUUAUUCCUGUCUCACUCAUCUUGUACCAAUAGGAACAUUGUGGUCUGUCACUUCUGGGCUUCGCUGCUCCCCUCCCGUCCUGUCACUACCUUUUCCUGUGAGGAUUGGGGGGG